AUGCCCAUAAAUUCCAAGGAUGGUAUGGCAACCAUUGCCUGGUCAAGACAGGGGGUCAACAUGUCCGCCUGUGAGAAGAAAGAAACGGCCGGAAGAGAGAUCAAUACAUUCAAGGGUACACAACGGCUUUCUUCGUCAGUUGCGCUUCAGUCUCUUCAGGCCAGGCUACUCACGAUGGAAGAUGAGCUAGCACAUUGGAAACGAAAAUAUUCCUGUCUUGAGGAUUCUUUCAACUCGCAGGCGACCGUUAUCACCGAGUUUCGGUCAUCUAUCCACAACCAAUCAGAUGCGAAUGCGGCAUCAUCCAUGCAGCCGCUACAGACAUGCCUUGAUGAACUCACUUCCCCGUACCGGUCAAACAGUGCUCCCACCAGUAGUACCACCGAUACAUCGGUAGUUGACCAAAUGGCUGCUGAUAUGUUCGCCGACCAGGGGCAACUGACUUGCAAACCCUUCGUGGCCAUUCGAGGAGACAUCAUCGGAGAGCGUCCGUCGGUGUGUCUACCCUACCGCAGUCCGGUAUCUCUCCGUUGCAAGCCAGUUACCAGGCACGGCGACCAGACUAACAGCUAUCCAAACUGGCCCCUAACAUCACCGUCAUCAAUGAACAACGGUCGUGAACGGAGCCCCUCGCCAACCGAUGAAGCUUUUGAUAACGUGCCUGAAAAACAGAUGAUUCGGCCGUCGAAGGACAAAUGGAAGAUAUCACAGAGGCGGAAUCCGAGUCACCCUGAAUCGACUCGGUGGUCCAUUCGAGCAAAGCCGGUCCGGCAGAAGGAUCCGUUUCGAGCGUUCUAUCCGGGUUCAUCGCGGUCGUACUACAUUUGGAGCCUGUGGAAGAUGUACGGGAUCGCGUGGGAUGAUUCCUAUCGCCAGGGGCCUGAAAGAUUGGAGAAAAAACACGUGACCCUGGUGGUCGAACUGUGCGGUAGUCCGUCCGAAGUCGAUCACCUUGAUGGGUUUCAGAUGCGCCAAGCCUUCCCGCUUUGCGUUCAGAUCUCCUUCAAUGACUAUGAUAUCUGA